AUGCCUUCGGCCACGCUUCGACCGCCGGGCCAUCGACCCCGGGCGGUACAGCCCGAACCGGAUGUCAACGCUCGUCGCCAAGCUCAACAGAAUCAAGAACAGGGGCCAAGUCGCGAUCAUGAAGAGCCCCUGCUGCAUGAUCGGGAGCAGUCGGUACCUGAUGAGCACAACGGCUCAGCCAGCUCGAGCACGCGACGUGUCAAGGAAGAAGAGCUGCAGAGCAUGUGGAAGAGCUUCAUGGUCGAGCCCAGCCCUCGUUCCCUUUGGGACAUUCUCUUUCGCCCCAAGCCCGUCGAGAUUUAUGAUCGCCUUGACCGCGUGCUCAGCAACGAUGCCAUCAUCGAGCCAGUGUCCCGCCUGACGCAGUGCGUGCCUCCCAUACUGGCGCCGUCUUCGCCUGCCAGUUGCACCAUUGCCUUGUCUCGCUCCCUCUCAAUUCAUCUGCACCGCCGCUGUCGCCUGGCCCCACCCUCCCCCCUCUACGCCACUAGACUGCGCACUUGGGUCUGGCGCUGGCAGCGCAACCCCGCUGCCAUUCUUCUCGUCUUUGUAAUGGCCACUUUUGCCAUCGCUGGCCUUUCCACCGGUCUUUUUGCCGCCGCCGAGUGUAACGUCGAUACCACGGCGUCCCGCACCUUCUUCCUACUGCUCCUCCAAGCCUGCAGCCUGCAUCCCGCCAUCUCCGCCGUCAAUAAUGCCGAAGCCGCCCAUCAGUCUGACCUCUGCCUUUUCCUUGGCACCCUCUCCAGCCUAGGCAGCUUCGUUGCCUUGGUGCUCUUUGUGAUCUAUUUGUAUCGCUGGAUCUGUCAGCCCCUCAACGGGAUCCGCUUCAGCCGUGUCGUGACCACUGUCACUCGCGACGGCCGCCCCAACAUGCAAUUCCGCAUUGUCAACAAAUUCGGCCACCUCCUCACCGAUGUCACCGUGCGCGCCACCUAUUGUCACCCCGUUACCACUGCUGAGGAUGAGCGUCAUUGGCAGAUUGACGACGUGAAAUUUGAGGGUCCCAUGGUCCUCAAGUUUCCCGGUACCUAUACGCACUACAUGGACAUUCAGUCACCGCUCUUUCCCAACUGGGCACGCCAACUUCCCCACCAAGGCUUGCUCUUUAUCAAUGUGCGCGCUUACGACCCGCGCCGUCACGAAGAGACAUGUGCGGUCAAGGCAUACCAGCUCCCCGAAAGCUGUGCCCCCAACCAGCGCUUUGACGGCAUUGUUCUGCGCUCCUUUGAGGAAGCCAUCAAUGAGACCAACUAUCGCAUUGCCAAUAACCUGGCCAAUUUCAACAAAUGGUCUCCAAACGCACUCUCCAAGGCCAUUGAAGACACUAUUCUGCGCUCCCAAGAGAUGGACCGGGAGUUUGCAGAUCAAAUCAACAUGCGAUGCUAUCAGCAACUGCGCGAUGCUGUGGAUGAGAUUAAUCGCCAAUUUGAUCCUGAUGCGGACAACCGGAACGAUGCAUCCAACCUAUCGCAGCCCACCGGCCUCGACUUGCCCCGCCCUGCGAGCCGGAAUGAUAUUGGAACAACCGACCCCACUCGGCUGCGCACCCUCAGCUUACAUGAGUGCUAG